GUUGAGUGCCAUAUCAUUUCUAAUUCAAAAGAAUUAAGACCAUCUUGUGUCCUUUUCCGGUACCUUUUGUCUAUUUCAGCCGCCGCCGCCAUCGCCGCCGUCCUUUUCUCGCCGGGAUUUGGGAAGAAAAGCAUUUGUCAGAGAGUGUGUCUGUGAUGGCCGUCGCACCAAAUGCUUCUGGCUUAUUUAUUCCCUCCCAAAACUAUCGCAGGCUUUCACCCUCUCGGUUACCUCUGAUCUCCAGUUCGAGACCUAAGUCUCUGAUUGCUAUGGCUUCUCUCAGCAUUGCCCCAACUCUUGGGAUUUCGAAUACCUUCUCCAGACUUAAGGAGCAAGGCAAAGUUGCAUUGAUACCUUACAUUACUGCUGGUGACCCUGAUUUAUCAACUACUGCUGAAGCAUUAAAAAUUCUUGAUUCUUGUGGUUCUGACAUAAUAGAGUUAGGUGUGCCCUACUCUGACCCUUUGGCAGAUGGACCAGUUAUCCAGGCUGCAGCUACUCGUGCUUUAGCAAGAGGGACUAGCUUCUCUGCGAUCUUAGCCAUGUUGAAGGAGGUUAUACCUCAACUAUCCUGCCCAAUUGCUUUGUUUUCAUAUUACAACCCGAUCCUGAAGCGUGGUGUUGAGAAGUUUAUGGGCACCAUAAAAGAUGUGGGUGUACAUGGACUUGUGGUGCCUGAUGUUCCAUUGGAAGAGACCGAGGUUUUGAGAAAUGAGGCUGCUAAGCAUGGUAUUGAAUUGGUGUUGCUUACUACACCCACUACUCCACAAGAAAGAAUGAAAGCCAUUGUGGAAGCUUCAGAAGGAUUUGUUUACCUUGUAAGCUCUGUUGGAGUUACAGGUGCUCGUGCAUCUGUGAGUACGCGUGUUCAAUCCCUACUGCAGGAAAUUAAGGAGGCAACUACAAAACCAGUUGCUGUUGGAUUCGGAAUAUCAAAACCAGAACAUGUGCAACAGGUUUCUGGAUGGGGAGCAGAUGGUGUGAUUGUUGGAAGUGCCAUUGUGAAGAUUUUAGGAGAUGCUAAUUCUCCCGAGGAAGGAUUAAAAGAGCUCGAGAGCUUCGCCAGGUCCCUAAAGGCUGCACUUCCCCGAGGACAGUAGCCGAUGAACACCGUACUUCUUCAUCAUCAUCAAAAUGUUAAAAUUCUCCGGCAUUUGGCAGUGAUAAUGUUGUCUUGUGGAUCUUUUGUUGGAAAUUUUGAUUUGAUAUUCAAAAUUUCGCGGUCGAGCAAUUAUUGCAGUGAUCUCUGGCUGUACCCUACUUGUUGAUCUGGUGAAAUGUGGCUAAACUUUGUUGAACCUGUUUUAUCAGGAGUUGUAUGUGAAUGAGGAAAUAAUAAUCUCUGCCUUUUAAUA